UGAGGAGGAAGGGACGACGUUCCAUUCUGCUCUCACGCUAUCGAUCUGUUGAAUCAGCGUUUGUUAGCAUAGUGUGUACAUAGGGUCGUUGUCCAGCAAUGUCACGUCAAAGGAUGACGGUUCAACGUACAGGUGGAAAUGGUGCAAAAGUCGCGCUAAUGAUCUACACAAUUUUGUUUUGGACCUCCGGCCUAGCGCUUAUCUUCAUUGGCUUAUGGAUGUUAUUGGAUCCAAAGAGGAACUAUAUUCUUACCCUGGUUGAUUUCUCCGAGGACGAUCCGCUGUUGACAUUCGCCUCCUACAUCGCGAUUGUUGCGGGUGUGGUAUCAUUGUUCGUAGGCUUUAUCGGAUGCUGUGGUGCAGUGCAACGAAUGAGAUGUUUGUUAGUUGGGUUUAUCUUAUGCCUCUUGGCUCUGUUUCUUGCUGACGUGGGUAUGGGAACACUAGCACUAGUCUAUCGAAACAAGUUUGCAAACGGUCGACUCAGAGUUUAUGUGCAGAAUAUGACAAAGAAUCGCUAUAAUCGUGACAAAUGGGUGCAACCGUUGCUUGACACAGUGCAGUUCUAUCUGACAUCUCCACAAUCAAACUUAGAGGAAAAUUUGAGGAAUAUUAUCAAAUUCUCUUAUGGUGUAUCCAUGGAGAUUGAAGAUAGUCGACGUAUCACGGUGCUGAUUGAUAAGCUGCAGUUUUAUCAGCAAUGUUGCGGUGGCGAAGGACCACGAGACUACUACAAUUCAUUUUGGUUCAUUACUAACACCUACCGAGGCACACGGUCAUUUGUGCCACCAUCAUGCUGUCGUCAGUCACAACAGGGGAGAGCCUGGGCACCAGUUCCAAUCGACCCAAUGUGUACUACAUAUAGAUAUGAUUCGAAAGCUUUCGAAAGUUCUGUCUAUAAUGAAGGCUGUCACGAAAAGCUGUUACAAUGGGUGGACGAGCAAACGUGGAUUUUUGCUGGAGUUGGAUUUGGUUUCGCUGCGCUGAUGAUUGUUCAUUCGAAUGUCAUGGACAUAACUGACCCAUUUCAGGUCGUUGGAAUGGUAAUAUCACUGAUCCUGUGCAAUAGCGUCAAGUACUAUACGUUUGUUCGCGAUGAUUACUAG